AUGUCCUCCAACUUCCAAUCCAUUCCAAUCAUUGACCUCUCCCUUGCCAACUCACCCGCGACCCGUCCGGGACUCCUGCAACAGCUCCACCAGGCUCUCAUCCAAGUGGGGUUCUUGUACGUCUCGAAUCACGAGGUCCCACAAAAUGUCGUAUCCGAUCUGAAAGGAGUCCUUCCUCGGCUUUUCAAUCUGGACCUGAAGCACAAGGAGGAGUGGCCACGGGGCGAGCCGGAUAUCCGAUUGAAAGUUGAGAACUACAUCAAAGAGCUCACAAAGCUGAGCGAGAGGUUCUUACUUCUGGUCGCCGAGGCUCUCGGUAUACCAGACGAACUGCUAUUCUCAUUCUUAUCAGAUCAACAUCGCCUCAAGCUUGUGCACUACCCAUCCUCUGAUACUUCUACUCUCUCCAUCGGUCAAGGUGUCGGUCCUCACAAAGAUUCAUCCGGCUGGUGGACAUUUCUGCUACAGGCAUCCCCUCCAAAUGUCCAAGGCUUGCAGGCACUCAACAAAAAUGGCGACUGGAUCGACAUUCCAGUAAUCCAAGAUACCUUCGUUGUAAAUAUUGGACAAGCUUUUGAAGUGGUUACUCAUGGCGUUUGCAAAGCGACAACUCAUAGAGUUCUCUCUGGGCCACUUGAGAGAUUCAGUGUACCUUUUUUCCAGGGCAUUCGAGCGAAUCUCACGAAAUCAGAAGCCUUAUCCACAUUACGGGGCUACCUUCCUACCGAAAUAUCAUCGGUGGAAACAGAUAUUGGAGCAAACAUCGACUCGGCUUUCUUACGAGGCAAAUACGAUACAUGGGGUGAAUCUCAGCUGAGAACUAAAAUCCGCAGCCACCGCGAUGUGGGACGGAGAUUUUAUGGCGAUGUGUUUGAGAAGUAUACCGAAGACGAUAGCUGA